AUGGAGACUAAUAGAUUGAGAAAAUCCAUAAAAAUUGAAUUAGAGCAUAAAUUCAUAAGAUAAAAAGCAGAAUUUUUAGAUUAAAUCGAGAAAUAAAUGUAAAUAAAAUAAGAAACACUUAAAGAAUAAAUUCAAUAGGAUCAUCAAAAUUUAAUUAAUUCUAAUGUUAAAAUUGCAAUAUUAGAAAAAAAAAAUGAUGAAAAAGAUAAAAUAAUAAUAGAAUAAGAAAUUAUUAUUCGUGGCUAUGCUGCUACUAUUAAUCAACUUUAAUGUCAAUUAAAAGAGCAUUAAUAAAUGCCUUAAUAAUAAGCUUAUUAAGAUAUUGAUGAAUAGAGAUUUAUAGCCUAGUUGCAAAAAUAAAUUGAUGAUUUAAAAAUGAAGAAUUUAAGACUUCAUCUUAAACUGACUAAAUUAUUAACAUUUUUUACCGAGUUUAAGUUUUAUGAGAAAGAAUUUGCUAGUUUUGCUGUCUCAGAUGAAUGUUCAUGCGAUUAAUUGUUUAAACCAAAAUUACCAAAUAAUUAAGAUUUAUUAAAUUAGUUGUAAUAAUCAGAGAAACAUUUCUAAAAUAUUAUAAAAUAAUAAGUAUUUAAUAAUUAAAUAUUUGGGAAGAACAAUAUAAAAAAUUAUCUGAAAAAAAUGAAGAAAUCAGUCAAGAAAUGAAAGAAUUAAAAAAGAAAUUGAUAAGACAUGAUUUAACUACAACAAUUGAUAAAGAAAAAUAAACUAAAACUAUAAAUAUUUUAGGAGAAUAAGUAGAAGAUCAAAAAAAAUAUAUUGCUGGUUUAUUAUGGUAAAUUAAAGUAUUGAAAAAAUAAUUAUUUUUAGCAAAAAAGUAAUACUACAUAAUGCAAAACUCUUAAUGAUAUCUUAUUAAAAAAAAGAGUUUUAAGUGUUGAAGGUGAUGAACCAAUAUUUGAUGUAAAUAAAUCUGGAAGAAAAGUUAUUGUUGAUCGAUAUAAACUUUCAUCUCUUUAGUUUGUAGCUAAAUAAAGAUUACAUACAUUAAAUAAUUGA